UCUAAGUGAAAUCUCGUGUAGCAAACAAGUGCCAAGCUUCUUCUCAUCAAAAGCUAGAAAUUAAAAAAUUUAUUUGAUAAUAAUCGACAAUAACGUGUGUGUGAAAAAUAAUUAAAAAUAAAUUUAAUUUGAUAGGAUUUUCCCAUCCGUCAUCGGUUCACUAGUUCAAACAAUAUGUAUCUAAAAUUUUUUUCCAUUUUAUUGUUAAGUGUUAUAACUGUGCAGGCAUUUCAUUUACCACCAGAUAGUGAAAUGGAAGACAUAUUCGGGGAAGAGGUUGCUAACAAGUAUAAUCGUUUAUCAUAUCAAUUUGAUAGUAAUGAAAAACCAAACGAUUUAACAGCUAAUAAUAUUGGUCAACAUAAAUCCAAAUCAGAAGUAAAAGGACAUACGCAUAGUGACAAAAUUAUAUUCCCAUCUACAUUUCAUCAUUUUCCUCCCUACCUCCCAGACCCAACUGAAGACGACAAUACAAAUGAAAACGUUAAUUUUGAAGACAAAAAUACUUUCGAAAACAAAAUCAAUGAUAUUCCAAUGGUUUUUACAAAUGUUGCACUAAAACCAGUUAUUCAGAAUAAGCCAAUAAUAUUUCCAACAGAUGAAAGAUAUAUUAUUUCGAAAACCGAAACAAAAAGUGAUGAGUCUGAUAAUGAAAGUGAUAUCAGUACUGGAAACCUUAACGAAAAACUAACAGAUACAAAUUCGAUUGAAACUUAUUUUCUUAAUCGUUUAUUUAGCAUUAGAAAACAAAAUAAUAAAAUAGAUCAAUCAGAUGAAUCAGAUGAAUCAGAUGAGUCAAAAGAAUCAGAUGAAUCCAAUAAAACAAACCAACAAACCAGUUUAGAAAAUCUUUUGAGUGAUAUAUUUGCAGAUGAAAGCACAUCUACAGAAAAGCAGAAUAAUGAAGAAUCGAUAAACAAACCAAAUCCACCAGAAACAACUGAAAACAAUUUAGAUAAGGAGCAUCAGCAAAGUGAUGAUUUAGAAAAAUUGAUGAAAAUUAUAUUUGAUCCAUUUGGAAUAGUUGAACUAAAUAAACAAAUACCCAAUGAUGAUACUAAGAAUUUGAUGAAAGAAAUUUUUGACAUAUCGGAUGAAAGCGUUGAAAAUAAAAAUAAUGAAACUUCUGACAAGGACAUUAAAAAACUGAUGAAUAUUAUUUUUGGUAAUGAGGUAGAAAAUGUUGAUGAAUCACAUGAAGAUAACACGCAUAAUGAACAACCUUCCAAUAAAAUAAUUAGCACUAGUAUUAGUUCAUUGCCAAAAAAAGUUCGUUCGAUAAGCGAGGAAACCAAAUUUGAUGAAGAUGAUCAUAGUUUUAUGAAUGACUGUAUUCAAGCUAAAAUGAAUAUUGAAAAGUUCCACCCCUUUUUUGAAUUUGAUAAGAUAAUUGAAAUAGAGUCUAAUUGUUUGGCACAAAGGAAAGCAUUUAAAGAAAAAGAUGAGAUAUACCCAUUUAAAACUGAUAAAUCAAAUAAAGAUGAAAUCGGGGACUCAUUGGUUGAAAUUGAAAAAGCUAUUGAAAAAAAAGAAGAAAAUAAAAAUACAUAUACAGACGAUGAAACAGCAAGUGUAACAAAAACUAAGGAUUUGAUGAAAGAGAGUUUUGACAUAUCGGAUGAAAGCGUUGAAAGAAAAAAUAAAGAAAUUUCUGACGAGUACACUAGAAAACUGAUGAAAAUUAUUCCUGUUUUAUUUCAUGAGAGUGAAGAGCUAGAAAGUGUUGAUGAAUCACAUGAAGAUAACACACAUAAUGAACAACCUUCCAAUGAAAUAAUUAGCACUAGUAUUAAUCCAUUGCCAAAAAAAGCUCGUUCGACAAGCGAGGAAAACAAAUUUGGUGAAGAUGAUCAUAAAUUUAUGGAAGACUGUAUUCAAGCUAAAUUUAAUAAUAUUAAACAUAUAUUUAACCUCUUUUUUGAUUUUAAUAAGAUAAUUGAAAUAGAGUCUAAUUGUUUGGAACAAAGGAAAGCAUUUAAAGAAAAAAAUGAAAUGUACCCAUUUAAAACUGAUAAAUCAAAUAAAGAUGAAAUCGCGGACUCAUUGGUUGAAAUUGAAAAAGCUAUUGAAAAAAAAGAAGAUAAUAAAAAUACAUACACAGAUGAUGAAACAGCAAGUGUAACAAAAACUAAGGAUUUGAUGAAAGAGAUUUUUGACAUAUCGGAUGAAAGUGUUGAAAGUAAAAAUAAAGAAAUUUCUGACGAGGACACUAGAAAAGUGAUAAAAAUUAUUUUUGGUCCAUUUCAUGAGAGUGAUGAGAUAGAAAGUGUUGAUGAAUCACAUGAAGAUAACACGCAUAAUGAACAACCUUCCAAUGAAAUAAUUAGCACUAGUAUUAAUCCAUUGCCAAAAAAAGCUCGUUCGACAAGCGAAGAAAACAAAUUUGCUGAAGAUGAUCAUAAAUUUAUGGAAGAAUGUAUUCAAGCUAAAUUUAAUAAUAUUAAACAUAUAUUUAACCCCUUUUUUGAUUUUAUUAAGAUAAUUGAAAUAGAGUCUAAUUGUUUGGAACAAAGGAAAGCAUUUAAAGAAAAAAAUGAGAUAUACCCAUUUAAAACUGAUAAAUCAAAUGAAGAUGAAAUUGAGGACCCAUUGUAUGAAACUUUUGGGUUUCCUAUUAAAAAAAAAGAAGAAAGUAAAAAUACAUAUACAGAUGAUGAAACAGCAAGUGUAACAAAAACUAAGGAUUUGAUGAAAGAUAUUUCUGACAUAUCGGAUGAAAGCGUUGAAAGUAAAAAUAAUGAAACUUCUGACAAGGACAUUAAAAAACUGAUGAAUAUUAUUUUUGGUGAUGAGCUAGAAAGUGUUGAUGAAUCACAUGAAGAUAACACACAUAAUGAACAACCUUCCAAUGAAAUAAUUAGCACUAGUAUUAAUCCAUUGCCAAAAAAAGCUCGUUCGACAAGCGAGGAAAACAAAUUUGGUGAAGAUGAUCAUAAAUUUAUGGAAGACUGUAUUCAAGCUAAAUUUAAUAAUAUUAAACAUAUAUUUAACCUCUUUUUUGAUUUUAAUAAGAUAAUUGAAAUAGAGUCUAAUUGUUUGGAACAAAGGAAAGCAUUUAAAGAAAAAAAUGAAAUGUACCCAUUUAAAACUGAUAAAUCAAAUAAAGAUGAAAUCGCGGACUCAUUGGUUGAAAUUGAAAAAGCUAUUGAAAAAAAAGAAGAUAAUAAAAAUACAUACACAGAUGAUGAAACAGCAAGUGUAACAAAAACUAAGGAUUUGAUGAAAGAGAUUUUUGACAUAUCGGAUGAAAGUGUUGAAAGUAAAAAUAAAGAAAUUUCUGACGAGGACACUAGAAAAGUGAUAAAAAUUAUUUUUGGUCCAUUUCAUGAGAGUGAUGAGAUAGAAAGUGUUGAUGAAUCACAUGAAGAUAACACGCAUAAUGAACAACCUUCCAAUGAAAUAAUUAGCACUAGUAUUAAUCCAUUGCCAAAAAAAGCUCGUUCGACAAGCGAAGAAAACAAAUUUGCUGAAGAUGAUCAUAAAUUUAUGGAAGAAUGUAUUCAAGCUAAAUUUAAUAAUAUUAAACAUAUAUUUAACCCCUUUUUUGAUUUUAUUAAGAUAAUUGAAAUAGAGUCUAAUUGUUUGGAACAAAGGAAAGCAUUUAAAGAAAAAAAUGAGAUACACCCAUUUAAAACUGAUAAAUCAAGUGAAGAUGAAAUUGAGGACCCAUUGUAUGAAACUUUUGGGUUUCCUAUUAAAAAAAAAGAAGAAAGUAAAAAUACAUAUACAGAUGAUGAAAUAGCAAGUGUAACAACAUCUCCAAAUGUUAAAGAUAUGAAUGAAGAGAAUGACGAAAAAGAUACUGAAAAAAUAGAAGAAAAUGAUAAUGUGAACGCAAAUAGAGAUAUAGAUGAGGAAAUAGUAACGCAGUCAUAUAACACAGAAAGUGAGGAAGAAGAUAAUGUUACUCUAACAAAAUCAGAUGUUGAUCAGCUUAAAAAUAUUAACAAUGUCGUUCGUAAAGACUUAAUUGAUUCAAUGAAUAACGUAUUCAAAAUGGCAGAGAGUCAAAUAGAUUAUAUCUUACAUAAGAGAGUUAAGUUUUAAACAGUCAUAUUAAUAAUUAAUAUUAAAUAACUUACUAAAUCGAUGUUUGCUCGAAAUUAAAAUAAUUUGUAAUUGUUAUUCCUUAUAAAAAUGUAAACAUGACUUUGUAACAUCUUAUACCAAAUAUAUACAUAAGUUAAUCUAUUUGAGUAAUAA